AUGGCCAUGAUCCUACCCCUCGUCCUUGCACACCCUCGCAAAAUCGCAAUCACGGUUUCCCCACUCAAGUUACUCCAGCAAAACCAUGUCGAGGAGUUUAAUAGUUACGGCGUACGUACUAUCCAAAUCAAUGAAGACACGCCGGACAACAAGGAGCUUUGGAACGAUAUUGCUCGAGGCGUCUACCAGAAUAUACUGGUAGCGCCCGAGCAGUUCUUUCGAUUCAAAGGCCAUAUACCUCGCCUCGCCUCGCUCAUCAUGCGGGUGCAAUCAUUCAGCAAGAACGUCGGUCAUUUACUCGUCGACGAAGGUCAUUCUAUCCACACGACUGGGUUCGUUCGCAAAGGAGAGAAGGCACCAUUUCGGCCUGCAUACAGCCGGCUCAACGAGGUCAGAGCCGCUAUCCCCUCGUCGACUCCAGUCAUGGUUCUAUCGGCAACACUCCCUCCUCCGACGCUCUACACGGUCCUUGACAGCCUUCGUAUUAAUCCCGAGACAGUCACUAAGUUAUUCCUCUCGACAAAUCGCCCGAAUCAUUUUUAUGCCGUCCACAAGAUGCACAACGGCCCCAGGACGCUCAAGAAUCUUGAUUUCCUCAUUCCUGUCUCCUCGAGCCCGAAUCCGUUGCCAAAGACUCUAGUCUUUGUCGACACACGCGAUCGAGCGCAGGAUAUCGCUCAUUACUUACGCAACCGCUUUCCCCAGCAGCUCCAGACAAAGCGGAUCGUUUCGCACCUCCACUCCGGCAUGUCGGAGGAUUAUGGACAGGGCGUAUUCAACGACUUCAAGAAUACGAACGAAAUAGCGACGGUCAUUGCCACCAGCUGUGCUUCGAACGGUGUUGAUGUCGCAUCAAUAUCACGACUAGUAUGCUACGGCCUACCACAGACACUAAUCGACCUGUGGCAGGAGUUUGGACGCGCUGGACGCCUGCCCGAGCUGCAGAGCAUCGCGCUCAUCAUUGCUGAACCAUGGGCCUUUAAUACAGAGGACAGCGAGAAGCCGUCUACCGCUGAAAAGCGAACCGACAGGGACGUUCGUGAGUAUGUUUCGUUCAAGACAUGCAGGCGUGCAUUCAAAGCACAGAAGGACGGUGAUGAUUCGGACGAAGCACUAACUACGAGAUACGGGUUAUGUUGCGACAACUGCAAUGCAGAUUUCGACCUCGGCCGUUUUUUCCCUCGACCUCUGUACGAUCCGACCCAUGUGGCUGAUAAUUCUGGCCAGAAUGCGACGCAGACAGCGAGUCAAGCGACUCAAGUGAAGCCGAGGAAGUUCGCUCGCUCGAAGGCCAACCAGGAGGAAAUCACGGCCCGCCUUCAAACGUGGCGAACAGAAACAAUUCGGACCUCAACCUAUGCUGGUCUAUGGCCACGAAGCCAUCUGUUGCACGACAAGAAAAUUAACAAGAUCGUCAAGUCGCCUCUCGGCUCUCUCACCUCUCUCGCAAGCGUCGUCUCGCUGCUCCAAGAAAGUGACGAGUGGGCAGAGCAUUUUGGCAGCGGUGUUUUUGACAUCAUCCAGGAGCUCGACACUGCAGCACUCGAGGAUCUCCCACCUAUCAAGCAAGAAGAAGAAACCGAUGAGGCUUUUUCACAGAAGAAAUAUACGUACCAGAUCAAAACCAAGGCCUGGGUGGCCACUGACGCCUCCAAGUUUCGGAAGGAGUCCGACACUGUGGCUCCAGGUCCAUCAAGCUCCCGCCUCGCCGAUCCUAUACCCGACACUCCUCAGACCAGAAAACGGCAGCGGGGCGCAACAUCGCAGCCUGACGAAUUUCAGUUUGUAUUCUCCCAUUACCAACCUGACUUACAGCCGACUCCUGGACCAUCUCAACCCAAAAAAGCGCGCAAGAAGGCGCCUGCACCCACGCCGUCUCAAUCUGUUAAGCCCGCCCAACCUGGUGAACCAACUCCAAGUCAACCGAAGAAAUCACUCCCAAAGCCGCGCCAGAAGAAGGCUGAUAAGUAG